CGCAUCACUCACAUUCGCGGUUCAAUGCAAAAGAGGAAGCGACUAUUUAUUCCUUUGGCAGGCGGGACCGAAGACAUCACUCCAAGGAGGGGCCUAUCGACAGCUCUGACAUAAAAUGCUCAACUAAUACCUACCCAAGGCAGGCAUAUUCCAAAAGUAUUGGUUGGUGGUUGUCUUCUUGGUUGGUGGUUGUCUUCUCUUUCAGGGCACCAAGAUUACUGUAAGUAACCGAACGUUUUGUCAUGUCAGUGCCCUACUCCUUUCACAAUAACUAAAUUAAUACUUUUUUCCCCCUAAAACAGAAUAUUUCUCAAUGCGUAAAUAAAUAAUAUUUAGUAAAUGUUCCUUUGUACUAAAACACCUUACCUGGCAUAUUAUUUUAACACUACAACUAAGUGUUCAAAUAGUUUGUCAUUAAUUCAUUGCCAUUUCUUUGGGGUACAAUAUUUUACAGUGUCUCUGUAAUCCAGCACUGUAUAAUCCUACUCCUAAUUGAUGCUGGAUUUCACAGGCUGUUUUGUUUCGGGGCUAGUAUUUAAUCCUCUGUACAGUACGUUUUGUAUAUGGAAAAUUCUGUGAAUGAAAUGUGUGUGUAUGGUUACUUAGGAAAGUAACCUACCGUAUUAUUUAAUAGCAGUGUGUAUAAACUGUCAAAUUGACAAAGGAGCUGCAGUGAGCUUUGUACCGUACAUAUUGGGAGCAGCAUAGAAAGCACUGUGUUUACUUUACCUUUGGUAGCUAGGCAACCAAGAGACGCUAUACAACUAUCCCUAGUGCAAAGCAGUGAAGAACAAAUAAAAACGGAAGAACUUUGAAGAGGAAACAUUUAAACAGCUUCUGCCUUUCCUCUGUAAGGAGAUUAUUAUGUUUUUUUUUUUUAUUGUUGUAUGUAUUUAGCAUAACAAAAGGGAGUUUAAAAACAAUGUGUUCGGUGUAAGGGGACCAUUUUCUUCUUCAGUGGUGCAGAGAGAAGGAGAGAGUGCAGCAGGAUGAACCCUGCACAGUCCCACCUCUCACUGGUCUUGAAUGGGGACAAGUCUUGGAAAUACAGGUUGGAAAGAGAUCCCACUGAGGGUGGCAAAAGGAGGCUGAAAUUGCAAGGGAAAGAACUGAUCUCGGUACCCUUGGAGGUAUUUGAUCUGGAGGAACUGAAAGUCCUUGAGAUGAGCCCAGAGCGGGAGAGCUGCCUGACGUACAGGAUGGAUUUGGUCCCGAGAGAAAUUGGACAGCUAAGGAACCUGUCUAUACUUAAUCUAGACACCAAUGAGCUGAAAGUCAUCCCUGCUGAGAUAGGAGCCUUAAAGAACUUGGAGAGACUGACCCUCAGCAAUAACUUCUUGAGUUUCCUUCCCAAAGAGUUUGGGAAGCUCCAGAAGCUUGCCAGCUUACACCUGGCCAAUAAUGCCUUCAGGGAGUUUCCAAUCCAGAUUUGCCAUAUGAGAAACCUUAUGUUUUUGGAUGCCAGUGAUAACAAGAUCAGGACGAUCCCUCCCAGCAUUGAGAACCUGGCAAAGCUGGAGACCCUGCUCUUGUUCUUCAACAGGUUGGAAAGCCUGCCUGAGACUUUCAGUAAACUGAGGAGCAUUCACACUUUGUGGCUGGGCAAAAACAAUCUGAGGACCCUUCCCAGGAGGUUUGGGGACCUUGUGAACUUGGAAUGGGGGGACAAUCAGUGUUCCUCAAACUUUGAAGGAAACCCACUUGAAAACCCUCCACUAGAGAUCUGCAGAGGAGGCCCUAUGGAAAUCAAACAAUAUUUUACAGCCUGGAAAAUGAUAUAAAAUAAUAUGGAAAACAGUGAUGCUAAGCAAGCAGCUUAUUUAGCUGACCUUAUAAGCACCUUUCAACAUGAAAGGUCUGCAGAACCAUCCAAAAAUAAAUUGUUGGAAAAAUUGUAACUUGCAAAAAUACAAAUAAAGAAAAGCCAAUUUCUUGAAUCCUUAAUGCAUUCUUUCAGUCUCCUGCUGAUGAUUUGAAUACAGCCACACAAUGAUAAUCCCUGAUAAAUACAACUGGGCCUCGGGAAGUCUGCAUUGUUUCUAUAGUUCACAUAGUAUAAUCCAUGCUUGAGCCCACGAAUAAAAGAAUCCCCUUGAAACAAUCGCUUUGCGAUUUUGAUUAGUUUUUGACCUAGCAGAUAAUUAUAGCAAGACAGUUAAUAAGGUCAGUUUAAAAUAAAUGUAUCAGUUUGAUAUUUUUCAAAUGUGACACUUGCUGGCAAAAGCAUGCAUUAGAUACAUGGAAUAACUGUGGAUUGUAUUUAGUCUGGUGAAGCAGUAUGUCUGUGUAUUUAACAAUUGGAAGGCUUGUAUUUUAUGAGAUUGAAUAUUGAUGAUUAAACCUUUCAACCUGACAGUCCUUAUGGUAUCACCAAAUUUAUUUUAACUUAUGUAUUUAUUUAACAAAAGGUGUUAAUUUAGCAUUGGGUAAAUGUUUUGUGAAUAUGGCCCACAGUAUGAAAAUUUAACUGGCUAUGAAGAAAUGUCAUUUAAAUAGUAGACAUGAUGUUAUGCUUUAUCCAUCCAGGCUCUUAUGAAGGUUUAAAAGUAGUUUGCAUGAAUAAGCCCCUUAUUGCUCUCGUAUAAUGGAUUGGACUAUUCAGAUAAACAAGAACCAGCUUAAUUGCUCAUUACCUCAAUACUAUAUUAGUAGUCAGUGAAUAAUAAAUCAAUGGGAUAAUCUGCAACAUCUUUUUAUGUCUGUAUAUUCAAAUUUUGGACAAUUCAACAUCAAGGGUAGAUUCAUUUAUAUAAACAUACAAGGCAUCACUGCCAUGUGAAAGCUUAAAGAUCAAGGGUUAACAAGCACAGCCCACAAGUCUUCAAAGCUUUCAUGAAAUGGGACAGUUCAAGUUCUUGGCCAUGACCAGUGCAUGAACCCUUUAUUUUUGAUCUCUCAUACUGUAUAACUUAUAUUUAGGUUUCUUCUUUUU